AUGUCUAAUGCGGUUAUUGAAAUCGAAUCAGACGAUAUUAAUGGCAAUUCAUCCCCUAUCUCUGAAUAUCGACCUAAACAAGGAUCUAUUCAUAAAAGUAUGGAUAGUGAUUCUAAAAAACCUCAUUCAAAUGAAAUUUCUAUUCCAAAUGAAGAUGAUAUUGACCAUUCUCAUCAUGAUGAUGAUGAUGAUGAUGAUGAUGAUUUAAGUAAUGAUGCUCAAGAAGAACAAUUUGAAGAAGAAUUAGAUGAUAUCGAUACACUUCAACAAAUACAAGCUGAUAUAAGUAAUCCUCCGGGUGCGGUUGAAAUGACCCAACAUACAUCGGUUGGUGCUAAACGAUUGCGUUUUCUUUCAAAAAUUCCGUUUUUUCGUCGAUCAAAAGAACCUAAGAAACCUAAAGCUCGUCGUUUGAAAUUGUAUGAAAUUUUUAGAUAUGCUGAUAUAUGGGAUAUAUUAUUAAUGAUUAUUGGUACAAUAGCUGCAAUAAUAGCCGGCGUUUCUCAUAGUGAUAAUGUUUUUAGUUAUGCUCUUUUUCGAAAUAUUUUACGACAAGAAAUUGGUUGGUUUGAUGUACAUAAUGCAGGAGAAUUAAGUAAUCAUCUUAUCAAUGAUUUAGGCAAAAUCAAAGAUGGAAUCAAUGAGCAAGUACCGGAUUUUAUUUCUCUUCUGUCUCGUAUGUUAGGUGCACUCAUCUAUGCUCUUGCAACAGGAUGGAAAUUAACACUUGUCUUUUUAUCUGUUUCGCCAUUUGUAAUUCUUACUUUCAACUUAACAAUUUUAGUCAUUGUAAAAUACACAGUUAAAGAAAUUAAAGCUUUUGCUGCGGCAUCAUCGAUUGCUCAAGAAGUAAUACAAAACAUUCGAACAGUGACAGCAUUUCAUGGUCAGGCAAAAGAAGAAGAAAGGUACGGUCCAAAACUUGUCCGAAGUGAAUGUACAAAUUAUUCAGCUGGUUCAGUCAUUGUGGUAUUCGUCGCAUGCAUGAUUGCAACAAUGAGUACGGCACAAUUCAUUCCGAAUUUUCAAAAUUUCGCAGAAGCAUUAGGUAGUGGUAUUUAUGUAUUCGAGGUGAUUGAUCGACAAACAAUGAUUGAUGCAAUGAGUGACGAAGGUGAUAAGCCAAAACAAAUUAUUGGUGAUAUUGAGUUCGAAGAUGUUUCUUUCGCCUUUCCUACACGACAAGAAGCACCUGUUCUCAAUAAUCUGUCACUCAAAAUUCCAUCUGGAAAAACAGUUGCUUUAGUUGGAGCAUCAGGAUGUGGAAAAAGUACAGCGAUUCAAUUAAUUCAACGAUUUUAUGAUCCAGAUCAAGGUCAAAUUUUUCUUGAUGGAAAAGAUAUUAAAAAAUUGAAUGUUGCAUGGCUUCGUUCACAUAUUGGUAUUGUUAGCCAAGAACCUGUUCUUUUUACUGGAUCAAUUGAAGAAAAUAUUCGUUUUGGAAAACAGGAUGCAACUGAUGAAGAAGUUCAAGCUGCUGCUAAAAUGGCUAAUGCACAUGAUUUUAUAAUGGCACUUCCAGAAAAUUAUAAGACAUUGUCAGGUGAUAAAUUAAGUGGUGGUCAAAAACAACGAGUGGCUAUUGCUCGAGCAUUGGUUUCGAAUCCAAAGAUUCUUCUUUUAGAUGAAGCAACAAGUGCACUUGAUAAUACAAGUGAACGUGUUGUACAAGAUGCACUGGAUAAAGCAAAAGCGGGUCGAACAACAAUUGUAAUUGCUCAUCGUUUGAGUACAAUACGAAAUGCUGAUUUGAUCAUUGGAUUAGAACGUGGGAAAGUUGUUGAAAGUGGAACUCAUGUUGAUUUGAUGGAAUAUAAAGGUCUUUAUUAUGAACUGGUGACCACUCAAACUCAAAAAGAAAAAGAAGCUGAUCCAGACAUUGAUAAAGAAGACGAUGAAGUGGAAAAAGAAUUUGUUCGAAGAAGAUCAUUACAUAGAAUAUAUUCAAAACAAUCAAUUGCCUCAAAGGACGAUUUCAGUGAGAUUGAGAACGACGAGGAUGAAACGGUACCCGAUGAUCCAAAGAAAAAAAAGUAUGGUCAUACUCCAUUUGCAUUUAAAAUUUUCAAACUGAAUGCUCCAGAAUGGCCUUGGAUUCUUCUGGGUGCAAUUUCUUCUCUUAUCCUUGGUGCUACUCAACCAAUUUUUGCGCUGUUCUUUGCACAAGUCUAUGGUUUAUUUGGGGAACCAGAUCUUGAGAAGCAAGAACGUUUAACAAGUGUUUAUGCUGGUCUUAUAUUUGUUGUUGGUUUUAUUGGAGGAGUAACUCAGUUUUUGAGUAGUUUUGCAUUCGCGAAAUCAGGCGAGGAGUUAACUUUGCGUAUGCGAAAAUUAACAUUUUCUGCUAUGAUUCGACAAGAAAUUGGCUAUUUCGAUUAUGAGGCAAAUUCAGUUGGUGCUCUUGUCACACGUCUAUCAACUGAUGCAGCUGCUUUGAAGGGUAUGACUGGCGUUCGUAUUGGUAUCUUAUUUCAAGCACUGAGCGCUUUGGUAACAGCUCUUGUUAUUGCAUUUAUGUCUGGAUGGAAAUUAACAUUUGUUGUACUCUGCUUUGUUCCUCUAAUUACAUUUGCUGGGAAAAUGCAAGGAAAAAAACAAAGUAAAGCUGGUAAAUCAAAUGGCAAAGACUCAUUCAGUGAGUUAGGCGGACAGUAUGCCACACAAGCUAUAGAACAUGUUCGAACAGUCGUUGCUCUUCAUCAAGAACAGUAUUUUAUCGAUUUAUAUGAGGAUGCAUUCAAUCAAGAAUUCAAGAAGCAAAAGUAUCAUAUACCUCUGGUUGGAUUAGGUGCUGCAAUUGCGAAUUCAAUCAUGUAUUUUCUUCAUACUGCUACUUUUUCAUAUGGUAGUAAACUUGUCAGCAAUCAUGAAAUGACAUUUGAUCAUGUGUUCAGAACAUUUGCCGUUAUUACUUUUGCCAUGAUGACUAUUGGUCGUUCAAUGGCUAUGAUUCCUGGUUAUGCGAAAGCAAAAACCGCAGCAUUACGAAUCAUGCGACUUAAUAAACGACAAUCACAAAUCGAUCCUCAUGAUGGAUCAGGUAUCAUUUUGAAAGAAGUUAUAGGCAAUAUUGAAUUUAAUGAUGUUUAUUUCCGAUAUCCAACUCGACCAACACUUCGUAUUCUUAGAAAUUUCUCAUUAAAAUGUCCAAGUAGUAGUACAACAGGACUUGUUGGUCCAUCGGGUAGUGGAAAAUCAACAACUAUUGCAUUAUUACAGCGAUUCUAUGAUCCAUUGAAAGGGAAAGUUUUACUUGAUGGACAUGAUAUAAAAGUUCUUAAUAUACAAUGGCUUCGAUCAAUAAUGGGUCUUGUUCAACAAGAACCAGUUCUUUUUAAUUUAUCUAUUCGUGAUAAUAUUGCUUAUGGUGAUAAUGGUCGAGAGGUGACACAAAAUGAAAUUGAAACAGCUGCAAGAAAGGCUAAUAUUCAUGAGUUAAUUAGAUCAUUACCUAAAGGUUAUGAAACAACAUGUGGAGCUAAAGGUAAUCAAUUAUCUGGUGGACAAAAACAGCGAAUUGCUAUUGCUCGAGCAUUAAUUCGUUCACCAAAAAUUCUUCUUCUUGACGAAGCGACAUCAGCAUUAGAUAAUAAAAGUGAAAAAGUCGUUCAAGCCGCAUUAGAUAAAGCAAGAUCUGGUCGAACAUGUUUAAGCAUUGCUCAUCGUCUUUCGACUAUUCAAAAUUCAGAAAAAAUCGCUGUUGUUAAUCGAGGCAAAAUGAAGGAAGAGGGCACACAUGAUGAACUCUUGAGAUUAAAUGGAGUUUAUGCUAAAUUAGCAUCAGCACAAAACCGGACAACUUAA